GUUUCUCACAAACUGCAAAAUAAAAACAAGACACACUCGCAGCAUGCUCAGCAAAUAAUGUGUCUAACGUUGCGGACUAUUUGCAAACGUUAUAGAGGAGUUGCGCAAACGCAUUGGGCCACCGUCUGAUCUCGCGGCUCGUGUACUUUCCCUGGCAGUGUGCAGCAGACCGGCGCAUACGCAGCACAGCUCCCACGAACUUGAGGAGUCAGCCCUGAACUUGCUGCACUGGUGCCUUUACACCGUGCGAGAUGCUGCGGUUUGGUUAAAGUUUUAGUGGUACUUUGUGAAACAUACUUUAUAAUAAAUCGUAUUCAUGAACUGUACCGACGUGUUCGAAUAAAAGGAACGUUAGUUAGUUUUAUUGUUAUACAAUUACAUGAUCAGUGAAAAUCAAAGCUGACAGACCUAAUAGAGUGGUAGUUAACGGGACCUGUUUGUAAAACUAAAGUGUAAGAUGCAUUGAGUCAUCUUGUCCAUUCCUAAGAUAAACUCUUGCCUAACUUUGUGAAUACACAAGGUAGCAGUGUGCGAGACAAUAUUAGUGACAAUAUGAAAACUACAACUUUGUUUAGUGAGUAAACAUGAGUGGGAGAGCAGUGCUAGUGUACAUGCUGUGCUGGUGGUGGCUGCAGCUGGUCGGAGGGCUGUUCCUCACUCCGGUCGUGGAAGUCAGCCAGGGGAGGUUGAGGGGGCUCAGGAGCUACUCCGGACAAUACCGGUACUACGGGAUCCCGUACGCCACCAGCGAGAGGUUCCAACCACCGCGGUCGCCUCCAAAAUGGAGUGGCAUCUUCCACGCGGUGUCUCGGUUCGACUCCUGCGCUCAAACCCUUGCCGUGUUUCGAAUUGGCAGGGAGGAGUGCCAGUUCCUUGACGUGUACACACCGGGGCGGGCAGCACAGGGGCGCGCCCUGCCAGUGCUGGUGUUCCUGCACGGAGGGGCGUACUACAUGGGCAGCAAGUGGCAUUACGACCCGGAGUACCUAGUCAACAAGGACGUCAUCGUCGUAACAGUCAACUAUAGGUUGGGAGUCCUAGGCUUCCUCUGCCUAAAUAACGUCGCCAACCUAGGACUUAAAGACCAACUCGCGGCCUUGAAGUGGAUCAGACGAAAUAUAUCUGCGUUCGGUGGGGACCCCGACAACGUGACCAUAUCAGGCCACAGUGCAGGGUCCACGUCCGCGGCCAUGCACCUACUGUCGCGGCGGAGCAAGGGACUGUUCCACAAAGCGAUCCUGAUGAGUGGAGUAGCUCUAGCACCGUGGUCGUUCAAUCCAGAACCACUUACUCCCGCGUUUGAAGAUGCAGCAAAGAUGGGAAAUGUGCGAAACGAACGUGACGUUUACGACACUUUUCUAAAGUCAUCACUAAACGACGUCCUAUACGCUACGCAAGGAACUUCUAUAGACCCGCGGUACUUCAAGUACGCGCCGUGUGUCGACACCAACUUCACUGACGCUUUCUUCCACGACACUCCGUACAAUAUCAUAACGUCGGGGGACUUCAACAAGGUCCCCGUCAUCAUCGGCGUCACGGACACUGAAGGCGUCUUGUUUUACGGGUUCCAUAACCAAAGAACAUUAGAAUAUUUAGACAAUAACUUCAUAGAUAGACUGCCGUCGGUAUUUUCUUGGUGCUCCGAUGAAGAUAAAAGAAAAAUAGCCAAGGAAAUACGUUCGCAUUACUUUGGGAAACAAAGGAUCAAUAGCAGAGACGCGAUCAAAGGUACCGUGGACUAUUAUUCGGACUGGAUAACGAACGCGGCCGUCCACGCGUUCUCCAAACUGAUAGCGAAGUAUUCCGACGAGCCAGUGUACAACUACAUGUUCUCGUACAGAGGAGGCCGCAACUUCGGCAGCGUGGUAUACGGCCGCGGCCUCGGCCUGGGCGGGGCCACACACAGCGACGACAUCUUCUACAUAUUCAAGCCCGCUGGCUUCCCGCUGCGGAUCCGGCAGGCCGACAUGAUCAUCAUCGACAGACAAACCACAAUGCUGACCAACUUCAUGAAGUUCGGGGAUCCAACCCCGCACACGAGUGCUCUGCUGCCGGUGCGCUGGCCGCCGAGCACGGCGAACAGGUCGGUGGUGCUGCACAUGGGCCGGCAGCUGCACGUGGCGGCCGCGGCCGAGGGCUCGCGGGGCCUGUUCCUGCUGCGCGUGCUGUGCCAGUACGGGCUGCGGGGCUACGUGCCCUGCGACAGUGCCAUGCAGUGUACGCCCUGCCACACAGUUACCAAUAAACGACAGUGAUCUAGUCAA